AAUCUUAUGUCCACUUAUUUAAGGUACCAUACUAACUUAUAUUAUCCCCUAAGGGCUUAGGCCCUCCUCAAUCUAAAUGUCCAAUGUCAAUCCUACCACAACAAAAUAAUUUCUUCAAAUCUCAAUACCAAUAUGCUACGAAAACCUACCGGAUCAUCCACAUUCCGACUCGGGUACUAUGUACAGCCACAACCCCGGUAAAGCCGAACCUUGGUCCGACCCGCCUUGUAGUAAAACCAAGUCAUAAUUUUCCUACACCAUCUCAAGUUCCAACCCCAAAAGGACCCAGGCCCGAUGAUCCAACCUUAAAAUCCACGUGGGCCCAUCGAGCUUGGUUGGCUAGUGGUUGUACUACUGUAUUAGUUGCUCUAGCAAAGUCCAUAAUAGCCUCAGCCGAUUCCCAUAUAUGGGUUGAGCCCGUUUUAGCUAGUCUAGCCGGGUACGUCUUGGCUGAUCUCGGGUCCGGAGUUUAUCAUUGGGGAAUUGACAACUAUGGAGAUGCUACAACCCCAAUAUUUGGGUCCCAAAUUGAUGCCUUCCAAGGACACCAUAAAUGGCCUUGGACCAUCACAAAGCGUCAAUUUGCCAACAACCUCCAUGCAUUAGCCCGGGUCAUGACCUUCACAGUCUUACCCAUGAACCUCGUCUUCAACGACCCGACCCUAAUGGCAUUUAUCGGAUCGUUCUCGGGUUGUAUCAUGUUUAGUCAACAAUUUCAUGCAUGGUCCCACUCAACAAAGAGCAAGUUACCCCCAAUAGUUGUAGCCUUGCAAGAUUUGGGGGUACUAGUGUCACGUACACAACAUGCUGACCAUCACCGAUCUCCUUAUAAUUGUAAUUAUUGCAUAGUGAGUGGAGUUUGGAACAAAAUUUUAGAUGAAAAUAAGGUUUUUGAGGUACUUGAAAUGGUAUUAUUCUUUCAAUUAGGAUUGAGGCCAAGAUCUUGGAGUGAGCCUAGCUUGGAAUGGAUUGAGGAGAGUUCUACACCCUCUUCCUUGACUCAGUAAAGUUUCUUUCUAAAUUCUUAUUUUAUUUUAAAUUCUCAAAAUACUUUUGAACAUUGUAAUUUGUACAAUAAUAAUUGAUGAAGUCUUUUCUCCAAUUUAUUGUAUAUAAUAAAAUCAUAGUGAAAAGUAUAUUACGUUAAUUAUAAUGACCAUUUCUUUA